AUGCCCUGCGUGCUGUUUGCUGCUUCCCCAUCAGAACUUCAUUUAAAAGGUGGGACUAAUGCUGAGAUGGCUCCUCAGAUAGACUACACAGUCAUGGUUUUCAAGCCAAUAGUUGAAAAGUUCAAUUUCACGUUUAAUUGUGACAUAAAAAAGAGAGGCUACUACCCUCAGGGAGGUGGCGAAGUUGUAGUCCAGAUGUCACCAGUCAAAGAGCUGAGCCCAAUAAACUUAACAGAACGUGGCACAGUGACAAAGAUACAUGGAAGAGCAUUUGUUGCUGGAGCAUUGCCUAUAAAAUCUUUCACUUUAUUAAAUGGUUUUGAUGUUACAGGCUGUAGAGUAGAAAUUUGGGCAGCUCUAAAAUGCAUAGCAGCUGAACCAGGAAACGAGAAUGGCAUCCUUGAUACCCUUCAUAUGGCUGUUCAAAAGUCUUUAGCACAUAUUGAGAGGUAUCUUUUGGCAAAAGACAUGGCAGCAGCAGCAGUGAGAUGCAUCAGAAAAGAAAUCAGAGAUCUUUACAUUAACAUUCAGUCCGUUCGAGAACCCGAUAAUCACGCCGUCGGGACUGGAAGUGGCAUAAUCAUCGUUGCAGAGACUUCAACAGGUUGUUUGCUAGCCGGGUCAUCACUUGGCAAGAGAGGAAAGAAUCCUGACAAAGUUGGCAUUGAAGCAGCUGAGAUACUGCUUAAAAACCUUAAACACGGUGGAACUGUGGAUGAUUCUCUGCAAGACCAACUGAUCAUUUUUAUGGCUCUAGCAAAGGGAGUCUCUAGAGUGAAAAGUGGACCAAUUACACUUCAUACUCAGACAGCUAUACACUUUGCAGAGCAGCUAACAAAGGCCAAAUUUACUGUGACAAAGUCAGAAGAGGACGAUCCCAGUAAAGAUACAUACAUCAUUGAGUGCCAAGGAAUGGGGAUGAUAAACUCAAACUUCUAG